GCGCCUCUUGUGAAAUUUUGAUCGUCGAAUUCUUUUCUCUGAAAGCGUUGUAGUAAGGUGCAUCGUUCUUUUUGCUAAGGCCUGAAAUAUCGGCGACGUGCACUUGACGUAUUAUCCAUCCAACGAUAUUAAAACCUAAAAUAAGCUAAAAAUGUCGACCUCCGAGCUGGCAUGUGUAUAUGCUUCACUUAUUCUCAGCGACGAUCAAGUUGAUAUUACCGCUGACAGGAUCUCGAAACUACUGAGUGCUGCAAAUGUUACUGUUGAACCAUUUUGGCCAGGUCUUUUUGCCAAGGCUUUGGAUGGAGUAGACAUCAAGUCACUGAUAUGUAAUGUUGGCAGUGGUAGUGGGGCCCCUGCAGGUGGUGCAGCUGCUGCUGAAGAAACCAAGGCAGAAGUGAAAGAAGAAGAAAAGAAAGAAGAAUCUGAGGAGGAAUCUGAUGAUGACAUGGGAUUCGGAUUGUUCGAUUAGAAUUCUUUAAUCUGGGUGGUGGAAAGCUGCAAACCACCAACGAUAAAGUAAAUAAAAAUGGAAGUAUAAA